AUAACCAAAAGCUCUUCCAUUUAGCACCCAUUUCAGAUACGUAAAUUAAUCUCUUCAUCACACCAUAUUUUCUCCUUUCUCUUACCUUCUCUAUUAGCUUUCCGUGUCUCUCGAUCUCACUCUAUAUAUAUGUACCUGAGCAGGUCUGUCAAAGGGUGAAUUUGAAGAGAACCCAAAGGAAGAGAGAGCUAUACAGGGGGGCCUCUCCAGAGUCCAGCCCCUCUGCUCCUCAUAUAUGCCUCUCUUCUGAUCUCGAGUUUUCUCAAUCUGUUUUGGAGCCUCAACCUUUUAUUUUUUUUUGGAUGGAAAUGGAGCCUGGAAAGUUGUUCGUUGGUGGCAUAUCUUGGGACACCACUGAAGAACGUCUCAGUGCUUAUUUCCAAACAUUUGGGGAUAUGGUUGAGGCAGUUGUCAUGAAAGAUCGGACCACAGGGCGCACCCGUGGUUUUGGUUUUGUUGUUUUUUCUGAUCCUUCUGUUGCAGAAAGAGUUGUCAAGGAAAAACACACCAUCGAUGGUAGAACUGUGGAGGCAAAGAAGGCUGUGCCUAGGGAGGAUCAAUACUCAAGUAGGAACAAUGGAAGUAUACAGUCUCCACAAAGUACGAUGCGCACCAAAAAGAUUUUUGUAGGUGGCUUGCCAUCCUCCGUAACUGAAAGCGACUUCAAGGAGUACUUUGAUCAAUUCGGAACGAUCACAGAUGUUGUGGUGAUGUAUGACCAUAACACACAGCGGCCCAGAGGUUUUGGGUUCAUAACCUAUGACUCAGAGGAAGCUGUGGAUAAUGUUUUGCACAAAACAUUUCAUGAACUUAAUGGAAAAAUGGUUGAAGUCAAGCGUGCUGUUCCCAAGGAGCUAUCACCAGGGCCAGCCAGAAGUCCAUUAGGGGGAGGAUAUACAUAUGGUUUGAACAGAGUGAGCAAUUUUCUGAAUGCAUACACCCAAGGUUACAAUCAGACCCCAAUAGGAAGCCAAGGAGUAAGAAUGGAAAGAAGUAGUCCAACUGGUGUAGGGCGAAGUGGUUAUUCGUCAAUUGCUCCAUCUGGCUAUAAUUUUGGACCAAGUCUAGACCCGUCAAUGAGUUCAAAGUACGGCGGGGGUUUGAGUUAUAAUCUGGGGUUUGGAAAUGAUAUGGAUUCCUUUUAUGGUGGGAAUUCAAAUCGGCACAUUGGUCAAAUUCGAUAUGCUUCGGGAAUAGAUGGAAGUGGUUCAAUGCUGUCGUCAGCGGGUCGGAGCAUGUUGGAAAAUGAGAACGGGUUUUACAGUAGGAACCCUGGAAAUGUGACCGAAUAUGUUGGAUCAAUAACUGGGAAUAGUACCGGAUUGGAUGCUGCCCUUGGAGGAGGUCUUGGAACGAUUUGGGGUUCCUCUUCUAUCUCACGCCAAGGAGGAGUGAGGAAUGGGGGAACAGGUAAUUAUGGGGCUGGCAGUUUUGCUGGUGCCGGAGGUUAUGGACAAAAUAUUGUCAAUAGUGCGACAAAAGAUGUUCUUCGUACCGGAGAUUUUGGGAUGUUGCGUGAGAACGGGAGGAGUUCAUUAUACAAGGAUCCGACAUGGCGUUCACUAUCUCCAGAGCUAGAGGAGCGUUCUACGCCUUUCAACUAUGGGCUUGGAAGUAUGGCGGCUUCAGAAGCUAUACCUAACAACCCGCUUGGUUACGUUGGCAUGUUAUAGUGUCACAAUUUAAUAGAGGUGCGUAUUAGUUUGUGUUUUUUUUAUUGUCGUCGUUCUACUUUGAUUUAGUAUCUGAACAAAUUGUGCAUUACAGUAUUAUAUUCGAUGAACUUAUUGUUGCUCUAACUGCCGAAUGAAGUGAGAAUCGGGAU